CCACCCCAAAGAAUCCACAAUGUUAGCAUUCUCCCCUCCAUUGUUUCCAACCCUUGGAUGGCCCUUGGAGGAUCCCAUAAGCCAUGCACAGAACUACAUAUAUGGAGAAACAGAAACUUCAGAAUCGUUUCUUCACUUGCCCUCAUCUCAGCCACAAGUGGAACUCAAUUGCUCCACCCCAUAUGCAGCAGUUAGUGGUAAUCCCACGAUGGUUAAGAAACUUAACCACAACGUGAGUGAGCGGGAUCGUCGGAAGAAGAUCAACAGCUUGUACUCCUCUCUGCGUUCACUACUUCCAUCAGCUGAUCAAGCGAAGAAAUUAAGCAUUCCUUCGACAGUUUCACGUGUGCUAAAAUACAUACCAGAACUGCAACGGCAAGUGGAGAGACUGAUCCAAAAGAAAGAAGAGUUUUUAUCAAAGAUUUCUAGGGAAGGAGAUCUAAUUCACCUAGAAAAUCAAAGAAAUGGCGCACUUGGAAGCUCUUUAUCUGCUGUUUCAGCAAGAAGGCUUAAUGACAGGGAAAUUGUGGUUCAGAUAUCCACAUUUAAGGUCCAUGAGAGUCCACUUUCUGAGGUUUUGUUAAAUUUGGAGGAGGAUGGGCUUCUUGUAAUCAAUGCAUCAUCUUUUGAGUCCUUUGGAGGGAGGGUCUUCUACAACUUACAUCUUCAGCUAGGUUGGCAAUUCCGGACAAAAUUCCUAAGUGUCCCCUAACUCGGCUUUCCAAUUCCUCUUCGGACUACUUGACUUUGAAGAUUUAGACUUUGCUAAGAGGUUGAGGUAUGUAGUCGAGUGUGUGGUGAUUGCAUGUGAAUCAACCUUGUUUUUCAUUUUUAAAUGAGUUAAGAAAGCUGAGAGAAAUAGUUUUUGGUGUAAGGCUUUUAUUCCCUUGUUUCUGGAUUGAUCAAGGUGUAAGGGCAGAUCGAUCCAACUAACUUGUUUUUAAGACCAAAUUUCAGUCAUUAGAUUAAGGGCUUCUUUUUACACUUUAAAUACAAACUUCUCUCAUUUUCUGGGAAGAGAUUGCAGCAAUUGUGGAAAUAGUUGCAGCCAUUCCAUGUGUUCUUCAUUUUCUCAUAUCUUUUCCUAAUUUUGGGGUUUUUGGUUGCAAAGAAAAUCCAAGUCUCUUAUGCCAUGUUUGGUUCCCGAAAAUUUUGAGGGAAAAUGUGA